AUGAAUUCCUUAUUAUUAGCGAAGCAUGAGAAAUUCUUUAAUAGAUGUCUAAUAGGACUUCCAUCCUCAGCAUCAUCAGAAGAUUCUGAUAAAUUGGCAAUUAUCUAUUUUUGUCUUCAUGGAUUACAAUUAAUAAAUAAAUUCAAUUUUAGUAAUGAAGAAUUACAAUAUUAUAUUGAUUUUAUAUAUCGAGAUUAUUUAAUUGAAACUGAAGAUAUGAUUGGAUUUAGGACAACUAAUUAUUUUAAGAGUUGUGGUGAAGAAUAUGAUCUGAUUAAUUUAUCUGCUAGUUUAUUUGCUUUAUAUAUUCUUCUAGUUCUUAAAUCCAAUUAUUCUAUCAAGAUUCCACAACAUAAGAUUAUGAAAUUGUUGAGUAGAUGUCAAAUUAAGUCAGGACCAAAUAAGGGAGCGUUUGUUCCUACGCUUACUUAUCAUAAUGGGGAGUAUGCCCAGUUUGGAGAAACAGAUCUUAGAUUUUGUUAUAUUGCAUUACUUAUUCGACAUUUAGUAAAGUAUGACGAGGGUAGCAACCGGGAUAAUGAUAUAGAUACCCAAGCAUUACAAGAGUUUAUCUUGACUAGAUUGAAUCAUGAUGGAGGAUUCAGUUCUCAAAUCCUUGAUGAAUCACAUUUAGGUUUUACAUUUUGUGCAAUUUCUGCAUUAAAAUUAUUAAACUAUCCAAUUGAAAAGUUAGAACAAACCCGAGAAUGGUUAAUUAAACGACAAUCAGAUUAUCCUGCCAGUUUAUACGACUCCAUUGAAUAUCAAUAUUAUCGAAAAGAAGAUAUAGGAGGAUUCAAUGGUCGAGAUAAUAAAUUCAGUGAUACUUGUUACUCAUGGUGGGCUACUGGAGCAUUAUAUAUUAUGAACCCACAAAAUAUUCAAUUGAUAAACCAGGCUAAAGCAGAAGAAUAUUUAUUAACUCAAACUCAAAAUGAAUUAUUUGGAGGAUUUGCAAGAGAUAUUGAAGCAAGACCUGAUCCAAUGCAUAGUUUUAUGGCAUUGGCAAGCUUAUCAUUAUGGAAUCGAGAAAAAUAUGGAUUGAAUGAGAUUCAACCUAUUUUGGUGAUAUCUCACGAUCUGUAUGAUUUUUUUAAGAAUCUGAUUCAAUAUUCGUAA